CAAAUUAACAGAAACUCAAAAUCUUCAGCUGCAAACGACGAAUCGGUUAAGCUCGCCGUCGCCAUUUCUCUUCUCCGAUCAAAGCUCCGCCAUAAUCAAAAUCAAAGCACUCGGCAUUUUUCUGAAUCUGAUGCUCUUCGCUGGAAGCAGAAGGAAUUCACUUAUCUCCGUAGCCAAACAGAUCCUAAUUUUGUUAAAAUUUGAGGCGAAAGGGCCGAAGCAAGAGCGCAUCAGGCUGAGAGAGGAUCUAAGAGAAGCUAAAGAUUCUUCGCAUUGCGAUUUGUUUCGGCAAUCGGCUUCUUUGACACUGAAGGAAAAGAGCAGAAGAACAGGCGAUUCCACUCAGCGACGACGUUUUACCGAGUUGAGCUAUGAAGAUCAGGUGGAGCAGCUUAGGGCCUCUGUUGAUUUUCUUGUGGAGCUUUGCGACACUGUUUCUCCGGUUAGAGGGACGUACUGAAAUUUUCCUAUGUGCUCUACAUCAUCACUGCUGUGUUGUAUUCACAUAUGUUGGGUGCCUCAUAAUUUUUGCAG